AUGCAUGUCUCUAGGCCCACGAUAACAAUUGACACGACUGCCGUCAAUUCCAACAGCAACGUGACCGAGGUGACCCAGGACGUCAACGGGCAGCAGCAACCUGCCUAUACCAGCGUCUCCCCCAGCUCCCAUCCCGACGACGCGACCAGCCCCUCGACCAUGGUAGAGCCGCCCUAUGGCUUCUCUCAAGGAGGACGUCCCGAUUUGCGAACCGACACGUCCUUUGACACCAGCAGAGACAACAGCCGACCUACAAGCCCUCACAACAUUUCGACUCCCAUUGCCGCGUUGGGCAACGAGCAUGGAUUCUUGGUCGUGCCGUCGAAUAACUUGAGAUCGCGACAGAACUCAGUGGACUCGGAGGAUGCGUCUCGCUCUUUUGUCUCGGGUGGCGAUGCAACAGUGGUGCCGUCCAGCUCGACGCAGACUGACAAGUACAAGACGACACCGACCAACGAUAAGAUCAUGACCGACGAGACGGCAUUGAAGCCCGAUGCCGGGACCGAGGCCGACUUUGAGGUCGAAAACAACCCAUUUGCCUUUACGCCCGGGCAGCUCAACAAGAUGUUUAACCCCAAGAACCUCGCGGCCUUUUACCAGCUGGGCGGCUUGCGUGGCUUGGAACGCGGCCUGCGAACGGACCGCAAGGCUGGCUUGAGCACUGAAGAGAAUCUGCUGGAGGGACGCGUUACCUUCAGUGAGGCCACGUCAAAGAAGGCCGACAAGCAUAAUGGCGACGCCGCGCCGCCUCCCGCGAAUGCUGCUCGCGUUUCGUCUUCAUCAAGCCACAAACCCCAGGGAUUCCAGGAUCGAUACCGCGUCUUCAGGGACAACCGGCUGCCGGAGAAGAAGGGCAAGAGCCUGCUGGAACUCAUGUGGAUCACCUACAACGACAAGGUGCUGAUACUCUUGUCCAUUGCCGCCGCCGUCAGUCUCGCUGUUGGUCUCUACCAGACAUUCGGUCAGCAGCAUGAUGCAAAUGAGCCAAAGGUCGAAUGGGUCGAGGGCGUUGCCAUUAUCGUUGCCAUCGCCAUUGUCGUCAUUGUUGGAUCGCUGAAUGAUUACCAAAAAGAACGCCAAUUUGCAAAGCUGAACAAAAAGAAGCAAGAUCGAAAUGUUAAGGUUAUCCGCUCCGGCCAAACAAUGGAAAUCUCGGUGUACGAUCUCAUGGUCGGCGACGUGAUCCAUCUUGAGCCUGGCGACUUGGUCCCCGUUGAUGGAAUCCUGAUUGAAGGCUUUGACGUCAAAUGCGAUGAAUCCCAAACGACGGGUGAAUCGGACAUCAUACGCAAAAGGAACGCCGACGAAGUCUACGAAGCCAUUGAGCAUCAUGAGAGCCUCAAAAAGAUGGAUCCUUUCAUCCAAUCCGGCGCCCGCAUCAUGGAGGGUGUUGGAACCUACAUGGCUACAUCGACUGGUAUUUACUCCUCUUACGGAAAGACUCUCAUGGCGCUCAACGAGGACCCGGAAAUGACCCCCCUCCAAGCGAAGCUCAAUGUCAUCGCCACGUACAUUGCCAAGCUCGGCGGUGCUGCUGGUCUUCUCCUGUUCAUUGUCUUGUUUAUCGAGUUCCUCGUCCGCCUGCCGCAUGACCACGGCACUCCGGCCGAGAAGGGUCAGGACUUUCUCAACAUCUUCAUCGUGGUGGUUACCAUUAUCGUCGUUGCUGUUCCAGAAGGCCUCCCCCUGGCCGUGACCUUGGCUCUUGCUUUUGCCACCACACGCAUGCUGCGGGAUGCCAACCUGGUUCGACACCUAAAGGCUUGCGAAGUGAUGGGCAACGCGACAACCAUUUGCUCCGACAAGACAGGAACCCUGACCCAGAACAAGAUGCAGGUCGUGGCCGGGACCGUGGGAAUCAACAACGAGUUUAGCAACUCUCGUGCCCAAGAUUCAGAGGACGACGGCCAGGUGUCCGCCCCGGAGUUUGUCACCAAGCUGAGCGCCCCUGUUAAGGACCUGCUCCUGGACUCUAUUGCACUCAACUCGACGGCAUUCGAAGGUGACGUUGAGGGGGAAAAGACCUUCAUUGGCUCCAAGACCGAGACGGCCCUUCUCCUCUUUGCCAGGGACCACCUGGGCAUGGGCCCCGUCAGCGAGCUUCGGGAAAACUCGACCACUCUGCAGCUAAUUCCCUUUGAUUCUGGCCGCAAAUGCAUGGGAAUCGUUGUCCGCCUCCCUGACGGAACUCCUCGACUAUACGUCAAAGGCGCCUCGGAGAUUCUGCUUGCUCAGUGUGAGCAGACCCUGCACGAUCCAUCGUCAGGCGCCGCUGUCGUGUCCAUGUCGCAAGAAGAUGUCGACGCGAUCAGCGAGCUCAUUGUUAAGUACGCAAAACGUUCUCUGCGAACCAUUGGUCUCUGCUACCGAGAUUUUGAGUCCUGGCCUCCGCGCGGUCUUCGCAGCGGCGAGAACAAGGGCGAAGUCUUGUUCGAGGAUCUCUUCCAAAAGAUGACAUUUGCCGGCAUGGUGGGUAUCCAGGAUCCUCUUCGAGAGGGCGUCGCCGAGGCUGUCAAGCUUUGUCAAUCGGCCGGCGUUGUUGUUCGCAUGGUCACUGGUGACAACAAGAUUACCGCCGAGGCGAUUGCCAAGGAAUGCGGAAUCGUGCAGUCCGACAGCGUGGUUAUGGAAGGCCCCGAGUUCCGCAACUUGGGCAAGCUCAAGCAAAAGGAAAUCAUCCCUCGGCUGCACGUGCUUGCGCGAUCCAGCCCCGAAGACAAGCGCAUCCUGGUCAAGCGACUCAAGGAGAUGGGAGAGACCGUUGCCGUGACUGGCGAUGGUACCAACGACGCUCCCGCUCUCAAGAUGGCCGAUGUUGGAUUUUCCAUGGGUAUCGCGGGUACUGAAGUUGCCAAGGAGGCGUCGGCAAUUAUCCUCAUGGAUGACAACUUCGCCAGCAUUGUCAAGGCUCUGAAAUGGGGCCGUGCCGUCAACGAUGCCGUCAAGCGAUUCCUGCAGUUUCAGCUCACCGUCAACAUCACCGCCGUCAUCCUCACCUUUGUCACUGCUGUGUCCAGCGAGUCUGAGAGUUCCGUCCUGACGGCCGUCCAGCUGCUCUGGGUCAACCUGAUCAUGGACACGCUGGCGGCUCUGGCCCUCGCCACGGAUCCUCCACAGGAUAGUGUUCUGGACAGGAAACCCGAGCCCAAGGGCUCCUCCAUCAUCUCGCCCACCAUGUGGAAGAUGAUUAUCGGACAAGCGCUGUACCAGCUGGCCAUUACGUUCCUGCUGUACUAUGGAGGUGUCAAGGUCGUCGGGCCUGUUGUUGGAGAUGACAAUCUCAAGCAUGAGGACAUUGAGACGCUGGUCUUUAACACCUUUGUGUGGAUGCAAAUCUUUAACCAGUGGAACAACCGACGCCUGGAUAACAAGUUCAACAUCUUUGAAGGCCUUACACGCAACUGGUUCUUCAUUGCCAUCAGCACGCUCAUGAUGGGUGGUCAGAUCCUGAUUGUCUUUGUGGGUGGCGCUGCCUUCCAGAUUGCGAGGAAGGACCAGUCCGGAGGCAUGUGGGGGAUUGCCCUCGUGCUUGGCAUCAUCUCCAUCCCUGUUGGCAUGCUCAUCCGCCUGAUCCCCGACAGCUUCGUCGUCAAGCUGGUGCCCGAGUUCCUUAAGCGACGCGCGAAGCAGGUACCUGGCCUGACAGUCUCGGACGAGGAGAUGGACAUGUACCCAGAGCCAUUGGCCGAUGUGCGCGACGAACUUAACUUUCUGAGGCGCAUGAAGGGAGGGCGCCUCAACAACCUAAAGUUUGCCAUCCAGCACCCGAAGGAGAUGAUUGCACGGUCUAGGAGCCAGUCUCACUCCCGAUCCAACUCAUUCAAUGCCUCAUCGGAAACGCAGGGCCGCGAGGACAGCUUCCCCUCGCGCGACGCCACCCCCAUUUCGCAACAGCGCUCGCGGUCGACCCGGUCGACUCGGUCGCGCUCCAACUCUGCGCUUGGAGCGCCCACGGUCAUGGCCGGAAUUGUCGCCGCCGGAGUAGCGGCAGGCUGGUCACCGAUCGGCCGACCCUCGGCAGAGGACAGGGAGGCCAUGAUGCAGCUCUACCAACAGCAACUACAGCAGCCAAGAACAGAAGGUGGUUCGGAGCAGGGACAGAAGCCCGCAGAGGGGCACAGCAACGAGGUGCAGAAAUAGGCGUAAUGGGAGUUGAAGGCUUUGCAUACUACGAUUCCCCAUGGGUAUGAUGAUUUGUUUAUAUCUUUUAGUUCCCCCUCCAUACUCUUCUUUCUCUUACCCGCUCUCUCUCUCUUGCCCCCCUUCUUAUCUCCUCUUUCCGAUCUCUCGUUUCUUUUUCUUCUGGGUAAAACAUUGCAUAGGCUUGUU